UCGAGGGCAACAGCACCCUCUUAGAGCCGGCAUUUAAUCGGAUGGUUAAACAACAAUAAAUACGCGUAAUCAGAGUAUAAUUGACGGGCAUUUGGACUUUGCUAUCAUUUCAUCCGGAGCAACCGAAGAUGUCGUACCGCGGAUAUGAACAGCUGGUCGUGGAGCAGCAAGGAAAGCUGCUGGUGGUGAAAUUCAACAAUCCGCGGAAGAAGAACUGCAUCAACAGGUCCGCCUACCAGGAGAUCACCCGGGUUCUAACGGAGGUCAACGGCGAUGAGGGCGUGGCUAUCUUGGUGUUCACCGGCGUGGGAGAGUACUUUACGGCCGGCAAUGAUCUAUCACAGUCGGGCCAAACGGAUGAUAUUAACGAGUUCCUCAGGCAGUCCAAUGCUAUUUUCAAGGCCAUGGUCUUGAGCUUCGUCAACUGCAAAAAGGUUGUGAUUGCCCUGGUCAACGGACCGGCCAUUGGCAUAGGAGCCACUAUUGUGGGACUGAGCGAUGUGGCCUGGUGCUCUGACACCGCCUAUUUCCUCGCCCCCUUCACCAAGUUGGGCCUGGUGCCGGAGGGUGGCUCCUCCUUUAUGUUUCCCUUCAUCCUGGGCCGAUCCAAGGCCUCCGAAGUCUUGCUCCUGAACGAACCUCUUUCCGCCUCGGAGGCCUACCACUUCAACUUUGUCUCGCGCAUUUACAAGUCCAACGAAGUGGACUCUGUAAUCUGGCCCAAGUUGCGGCAGUAUGCCGAGCUACCUCCAAACUCGCUGCUGCAGGGCAAACGUCUAAUAAAUGAGGGAUUCCUGGAGAGCCUCCUAAAGGCCAAUGAUUCCGAGUGUCGCCAGCUGCUAGAGAGUUUCCAGCAUCCGGAGUUUUUCCAGGCAAUCAUGGAUUUUGCCAGUCGGAAAAGCCAGUCGAAGCUGUAAAUGUUUGUUGAGUAACUAUAACUACUGCCAGAAUAGCUGAUAAUUAGUGACUGGAGGUAAGACUUGUUCUACAUUGAUUCCGAUUAUAUUACUGAACCGUUAAAUUUAUAUUUAAUUGAUCUGAUAUUUAAAGUGCAAAUAUCUUAUGUAUUAUAUUGAAAUAUAUUUUGAUUCAGGUUUGAAA